AUGGCUGCUCCACUCAAUAUGGAGGAAGGUCAGUCUUCUACCAGACCACCCCGUUUCAAUGGACAAUACUAUGGGUGGUGGAAGAAUCGUAUUCCUGACUAUAUCAAUGCUGAAGACACUGAGUUAUGGGAUGUAAUCCACGAUGGACCAUACAUUCCCACUAAGGAAGUGAAAGACGGAGAACUGACUACAACAGUUGUUAAACCAAGAAAGGAGUACAAUGAGAUGGACAGGAAAAAGAUAGAGAAAAACUAUAAAUCAAAGAAGAUUCUAGUGUGUGGAAUCGGAUCAGAUGCGUACAAUAGAAUUUCUGCCUGUGAAUCAGCCAAAGAGAUAUGGGAUUUUCAUCAAACAGACCAUGAGGGAACACAACGAGAAGGUGAAACUAUCUUUGAAAUGAACUCAAGAUUCACUUCCAUCACCAACGAACUGAGGUGCCUAGGUGAGCCUAUUCCCUUAAUAAAGCAAGUUCGCAAGAUUCUCAAGGUACUUCCCAAGUCAUGGGAAAGUAAAGUUGAUGUUAUAACAGAAGCAAAAGAUCUGAAGACACUUGCCAUGGAUGAGCUGAUCGGAAAUCUCCACACGUACGAGCUGAACAAGAAACAAGGGACAAGCAUGAAGGAGGGAAAAAGGGAGAAAUCAAUUGCACUGAAAAUGUCUCAACCUGAGGUAACUGAGGAGGAUGAUGAAAUGACAUAUGUUACUAGAAGGUUUCAAAAGAUCAUCAAAAAACAUGGAGGGUUUCAAAAGAAGGCUUCGACCAGCAGAACAACAAAUGCAAAUGAUCUUUAUCAUAAAUGUGGCAGACCUGGUCACUUCAUGAGAGAUUUCCCCAGCCAGAAGCAGGAAACUCAGGACUUUAGACCUCGCAGAAGGGACCAGGUCCUAGACUAUGCCAAGAGGAAAGCUCAUGCUGAUCAACUGGUGAAAAAAACUUUGGUUGUAUGGGGAAGUGCCUUUAGCGAAUCCGAAGAAGAAACAGAUAGCCCAGAAGAUGUCUCGAUGAUGGCUGUAGAAGAUGAUGAAAUUGUCUACAACUCCAUUUUUUCACUAGUGGCAAAAUCUGACGAUGAGAAGGAUUUGAAUGAGGUAACCCUUUUUUAUCUCAAGGAUGAUCUAGACACUCUUUCCAUUAAUAGAUUGAGAAAACUUGUUGCUCUAUUAAUUGACUCAGUUGAUGAAUUAAUUUCUAAAAAUUUGACAAUAAGUGAAAUGUUGAGGUUGUGUGAGGAUGAAAACUCAACUCUUAACUCUCAAAUAUCUGAAAUGAGUGUUAGAAUAGGCACCCUUGAGACAUGUAGUCUUAAACCCAAUGAGGAACAUGGAACCUCUAAGGGUGGGAAGCGUAAACUCAGUAACUUUGAGGUUGAACUAGAAGAGAAACUUAAGACCUCUGAGUCUAAGUUAGCUGCCUCCCUAGAAAGGAACUCUCAACUAAUGAAUAAUCUGGGUAAGAUCAAAGAAGAGUUGAACCACUCUCUCAAAUGGACUGAUUCGUCUAAGAUUCUCUCUAACUUAGAAAAUCAAAGGUUCAACAACAAAAAGGGAUUAGGUUGUAGACAGAUAGAGCCUCCUUACAAUCCUCAUAGUAAGUAUGUGUCUGUCUCUGACAACUUGUUGUGUAUCCAUUGUGGUAAAAAUGGUCAUCUGAAAGAAAAGUGCGAGAUACUGAGAGGAGUGAAAGAAAGGCAGGAGAAGUUUCUUAAAUCAAAGAAAAAUUGUGAGAAAACGAAAAAGAAGAGAGGAAGCAGUCAGUGCUGGUACAUGGAUAGUGAAUGCUCAAGGCAUAUGACUGGAGACACUCUAAACUUCCUCUCUUUGGAAGCACACCAAGGUGGUGGUGUGUCAUUUGGUGGUGGAAAUAAGGGUUCUAUUCUUGGUAUUGGCAGGAUAGGGAGAUCUGCUGAUCAUUCUAUAGAGAAUGUACACUAUGUGGAUGGGGACCUGAUCCGUGGAUUGCUAAAGCUAAAGUUUUCAAAUGAUAAAAUAUGUGAUGCCUGUGCAAAAGGAAAACAAACAAGAUCAUCUUUCAAAGCUAAGAAAGGAGUCAGCACAACCAGAACUCUAGAGCUUCUUUACAUGGACCUAUGUGGACCAGUCAGAAUUCAAAACAGAGGAGGUAAGAAAUUUAUUCUUGUCGUUGUUGAUGACUUCUCCAGAUCUGAUCAUGGCACAAAGUUUGAAAACUCUCAAAUUGAAGGAUUUUGUGCUGAAAAUGGAAUCAAUCACAACUUCUCAGCACCAAGAACUCCUCAGCAAAAUGGAGUUGUUGAAAGAAAGAAUAGAACAUUGGUGGAUAAUGCUAGAACUAUGCUGAUUGAUUCAGGGCUUGCAAUGAAUUUCUCGGCAGAGGCAGUCAACACAACAUGCUAUGUCACAAAUAGGUGUCUUAUCAGGUAUGUGAUUAAGAAAACACCUUAUGAAUUGCUCAAUGAUAGAAAUCCUUCAAUUGCUCAUCUCAAGCCAUUUGGAUGCAAAUGUUUUGUACUAAAUAAUGAAAAUGAUGACCUUGGCAAGUUUGAUGCAAGAAGUGAUGAAGGGGGUGUUUGUUGGGGGGAUGAGCACAAAGAAGACCAUGAGCUCGAGGAGCUGAUCAAUAGAAAACAGGAUGAUCAAGAUGUAAAGGAAAAUGGUGCAGAACACACAGGAGUACAUAGUCCCUCUGGUUCAACUCAGGAGGUAUUAUCUCAAAAUCCGGAAGAUGAUGAAGGUGAAUCUGAUACCGAUAAAGAAGAAGAGAUUACCAGAAAGUCUGGAUGGAAACAUCAAUCCUCACAUCCAUUGGACAAUCUUAUCUCUGCACUUGACUCUGGAAUACAAACCAGAUCCAGAACAAGAAAUCUAGUUGCAUACUCAACCUUCAUGUCAUCAAUUGAGCCCAAGAAUAUCAAAGAAACAUUGCAGGAUGCAGAUUGGGUAACAUCAAUGCAGGAAGAGCUCCAUCAGUUUGAAAGAAGCAAGGUGUAUGUGAAACAGCCCCCAGGCUUUGAAGAUGCAGAGCUACCAAAUCAUGUGCUAAAAUUGGAUAAAGCUUUGUAUGGCUUAAAGCAAGCUCCCAAAGCUUGGUAUGAACGCCUGUCAAAGUUCCUCCUUGCCAAUGGGUUCAAAAGAGGUAAAAUUGAUAAUACCUUGUUCCUAAAAUCCAGAGGUAAGGAGUUGUUGAUUGUGCAGGUAUAUAUAGAUGACAUUAUCUUUGGAGCCAUCUUAGAUUCACUGUGCAAAGAGUUUGCUGAUUUGAUGAGUAGUGAAUUUGAAAUGAACAUGAUGGGGGAGCUCACCUUGUUCCUAGUUCUUAAUACUCCUAUGAGCACAAUUGUGAAACUUGACUUGGAUGAAGAAGGUGUUGAGGUCAAUCAGACCAUGUACAGGGGAAUUAUUGGGUCACUCAUGUACCUCACUGCAAGCAGGCCAGACAUAGUCUUCAGUGUAGGGAUGUGCGCAAGAUUUCAAGCAGCACCAAAUGAGUCUCAUCUGAAGGCAGCCAAACGAAUUCUGAGAUAUUUGAAGGGAACUCAGGACCUGGUCUUCUUCUAUCUUACUGGGGACUCCUUUGAUCUUACUGGUUAUGCUGAUGCUGAUUAUGCAGCCGAAGCAAAAUAUGUGGCUGCUGCAUCCUGCUGUGCACAACUACUGUGGAACAAGCAGCAGCUAGAAGACUUUGGUGUACUCACAGACAUUAUUCCUCUUAUUUGUGACAACACUAGUGCAAUGAACAUGGCCAAGAACCCUGUUCAGCAUAAGAGGACCAAGCACAUAGAUGUCAGGCAUCACUUUCUGAGAGACAAUGUUGAGAAGCAAAAUGUGGUGAUGAAGUUCUGCAAGACAAAGUCUUUAAGUUUCUUUGCUUGA